AGGUGCAGUUGGGGACAAAGUGUGUGGACGCUGCACUGUGUGUCCCCUCCUCGGAGACACGUGUCCACACCGCUGUGAUACUCACGCACGGAGCCGGUGGAGACAUGCACGUCCCUCAGCUGGUGUCUCUGUCUCACGCCCUGGCUUCAGGUGGCUUCCUCUGCCUGCGCUUCACCUGCAGAGCUUUGAACCUGAGCUACAGGGUGAAGGUGUUCCACGCUGUGUGGGACUAUUUGAAAUCACUGCAGAGGUUUAACAUCAGGCACAUAUUCGUCGGAGGCAGGUCAAUGGGGAGUCGUGCCGCUGCAGCUUUAGCCCGGCAGCUGAGUGAGGGAACAGAGGGAGCAGUGCAGGGGGUCAUCUGCCUGUCUUUCCCUCUGCACCCCCCAGGACAGACACACGCCCACCUGCAGCGCAGUGAGGAUCUCAGGGCGCUGCCGGAACACGUGCCGGUGCUGUUUGUGUCAGGCACCGGGGACAACAUGUGUGAUAAGGUGAUUUCCGUGCGCUGUGCCUUUAACACGGACUCUGACGUCACUGUGUGGUCGAUUUGGAUUGGCUGGUCCACUUCCGGAUGUGUGCUCCUCCUGCAGAGCAGCAUGGCAGCUGAACCGUGGAACAGAGUAAACAUCUCCUUCCCUGGAGCUGUUUCCAGCGUCCGGGUAACUUUCAGCUCAGCUACAGGCACAAACGUUGCAGCUCUGUUGGUUGAAAACGAGAAGGUCCUCAAACUUCUCCGCAGUGAGAUUCUUCAAACGGAGGUUCGAGUCCUCUACGAGCUGCUGUACAUCCUCAACAACAGCUUCAGAGGAAACAAGACGCUGAAGGGUCUGAAGCAGGUGGAACAAUGUGUGAACAGGCUGAAGAAGAUGAAGCUGGACGUGGCUCUCGAUGAACUGACUUGUCUGUGUCCCAACAGGAUUCAAAGUGGUCUCAGCAUCAAGACCGGUAACUGUGAUGUUCCCAGUCAGCCAAUGCUGGAGUGGCUCUGUCUCAAGGUGCUGGGAGCCGCCCAGCUGAUGAGCUGCACGCUGGACCGCUGCUGCAGAGCUUUCUCACUCUCACAUCAGCACAUGAAACUGGAGGAGUUUGUUAUCUUGAAUUUGGUGAUAACCAGCAUGCUCAGUCGUCUUUGGGUGAUAUUCCGUGGCGUCCUGGUCAGCCUGUCCACUCUGUACCAGCAGCUCCUGGAGUUCCUCAGAGAAGUCGCCAAGGCUCAGCCCAUGCCCUUCCUUACAGACUUUUCCCUGCCCCCAGAUGUGGCUCAGCUUCUGAGUCCCUCUCAUGCACUGUUACUGAUCAAAACACCAAAGCCUGGUUCCCACGCUAAAGAACACAAGGAGACGCAGAAGGAGAAGAGUUCUACUGCUAGAGUCAAGAAACCUGGACAGAAGGGGAAGGUUAGGGAAGAUCUGGGCGUGGCUAUUGAAAGAGGUUUAGUUCAUGACACAGACAUGAAGCCAUUUCUGGAGGUUUUCAGGAACUUUCAAGAGACACCAAACAAGACAGAUGGGACACUGAGAUUCAAGGAACUAGUGGGAGAAGUGACUUCAUUCACAGACAUGGCGGCUUAUCUGGAAGAACAGAUCACAUGGUGUAAAUCCCAGCAGAGAAAAAAGGAAAAACGUCUUUUAACCUUCCUGCGGUUGAAGUGCCACAAGAUGACUAGCCUGGAGGCUGCUGGCUACAAUGUCCAGAGGAAGUUGCAGAGCUUGAGACGGGAAGCUCUCUGGGCUUCAUCUCUUCAGGGUUCAGCGCCAAGAACCUUCCGCCUCUCUGCCUCCAUGAGGAUGAAUCCUCGCCGUAGAGCGCGUUUUCAUUACCUCAGGAGACAAUUAAGGUUUUCCACAAUCAAGACUGUUGUAAAAAAGAUACACCUGAGGAGGGAAAGGAGGAGGGGGAGGAGAAAGUGUGAGUUAUCAGCAUCUGGACCCACAGAGGAAGAAGAAAGUAGCGGGACCACACAUAAGGAGACGCCUCAGCCCAUUCACUGUGAAGGCCAAGAUGACAUAGAUGAUAUUUUUGCCUCUGUAGGUUUAUAACACUUUGAAACAAACUCAGUGUCGUCAGCUGAGCUAUGGACUCUGAAGGAUCACAACAGGGAUGUGACUUGAUGUAAACCUCGGUCAGUAAAACAGAUUUUAACUGAUGAUAUUUUCAAAGCGAAAUAGUUUAAGAGACAUAACAGUGGAGAUCAACAGUUGUUUUUGAUACCAGAAUACAAGAGUUUAUGCCUUAGAUGUAAAAAAAACCCGUUUGUAUUAUUGAUCCUGUGUCUGUGAGUUUGAUGUUGCCAGGGAUCAGUUGAACUCGUCAUGGUAACCAGUCAAUUUAAGUAUGUAUUUUGAAUCAAAUUAGGACACAAAAACCUCCCAUAUGCAAGAAGAAAUGUGAUUUUGUGCAGGAUGUCAAAACAGAAAAGUAAUGUAAUAUUUGAAAUCCCUGUUCACUAAAAUACAAAAUGUCUGCAUACGAUGUGUAUUUACAUUUAGCUGAACAAUGAUACAAGUGACGUGGGUGUGUGAGAAAGAUUAAAAC